AUGAAACAACAUAAACAAGAUAACGAGCGGGAGCGAAAACACGCGUUCAUGAAAACUUCGAAAGAUUGUAACAUUUCUUAACUGACGAACUUAAAGGAAAAAAUGUCUGUCCUGUUGUCAGUGUUGGUCGGUGUGCUUGCUGCCUACGUAUUGAUUUAUUAUUGCUUGUUUAAAGGAGCCAGAUAUAAGGGGAACGCGACGUUAAAUGGGAAAACAGCAAUCGUUACAGGUAGUAAUACAGGCAUUGGCAAAACCACUGCUUUGGAUCUUGCCAGAAGAGGAGCCCGAGUGAUCCUCGCCUGCCGAAACCAAGAGAGAGCUGAAGCUGCAGUUUAUGACAUAAGAAAGGAAAGUGGGAACUCUGAGGUUCUGUACAUGCACCUGGACUUGGCAAGUUUACAGUCUGUGCGGGAUUUUGCAGAAACCUUUCUGAAGACAGAACCAAGGCUUGAUCUGCUCAUUAACAAUGCUGGUCUUAUUGCGUCAGGCAGAACUGAAGAUGGUUUUGGCAUGGCAUUUGGUGUCAACCAUCUGGGCCACUUUCUUCUGACGCUUUUGCUGUUGGAUCGGCUGAAGCAGUCAGAGAACAGUCGUGUUGUCAAUGUGUCUGCCCUGCUGCAUCGCCUGGGCUCUCUGGAUUUCAACCUCCUCAACACGCAGAAGGAUCUGGUCACGGGGCAGUCAUACUGGCACGCCAUCAAAGCCUACUGCCACAGCAAACUAUGCAAUGUGCUCUUCACCCGAGAACUCGCAAACCGAUUGGAGGGCACGAGUGUCACUUGCUAUUGCCUGCAUCCAGGUGUCAUAUCUACGGAAAUUGGAAGGUAUAUGGGUCCGCUACAGAAACUGCUUUGCCUGCCCAUGUCGAAGCUGUUUUUCCUGGACCCUGAGGCAGGUGCGCAGACCACACUUUACUGUGCUUUGCAGGAGGGCCUGGAGCCUCUGAGUGGACGCUACUUCUCAUCUUGCGCUCUGCAAGAAGUUGGUGCUUUGGGACGGGAUGAUGCUCUGGCCAGGAAGCUUUGGGAUGUGAGCGAGAGACUGUGUGGCCUGUCCUGAAUGAGCUCACACAGGUUUGUGGAUCAGUAGAAUUAAACAAGAGAUUAAAAAAUGAGGAGUGAAAUUCAUGUAGUUCUCUUUAAGACUGUAAUUAAUUUUAAAGGCGAUUUUUCUUAUUAUUUAGAUUUCUUCUUUUUUUUUUUUUUUUUUUUUUGAGUUUUCAAAUUUUCAGCCAAAUAUUGUCCUAUUAUUGCAAUCUAAAAAACAUUGAAACACAUGACUGGUAUUGUGUUCCAGAGUUACAUGUAUUGCUUUAUAAUAUAUCAUUGCUUUAUAUUGCAGUUAUUCUGAGUCACUUUGGUGCAUUACACAAUACUAUUUACUUUUGCACAACAGUUAGGCCCAAUCCAAUUCUACCCCUUAGCCCUUCCCCUGACCCCUACCCCUUGUUUUGCGCUUGCACGCCAAGGGGUAGGGUUGUCCCGAUUCUCUUUAGCUUGAAGGCGUAGGGCUAAAGGGGAAGGGGUGAAUAGCCCUUCAAACAAAGAUUUUUUAGGAUUAUGGAUAAGAAAGCAUUUGUGUUUUACUGUCAUGCUUUAAAAAAAAAAAAAAAAAA